ACUAAUAGUUGUAGAGGGAUGGUGCAUCCACCAUGAAAGACCAACUGUCUGUGGUUAUAACUUAUAAGUUAUAAGCAAUUGCAUUAAACGUCUAUUGUAUGCUUAUACGAGCUGAGUGGAACCAACAGGCUGCUCACUAGCCACAAGGACCCCGGCCGGUAGGCUGGUGGGCCUGUAAUUAACCCCUGAUGCGAGUGCUGUGCACCACGAUAGGUACAAGGGUCCAACGCGACAAACCUUCAACAUCCCCUACCGGCUUCCUUUGCGCGCAGCCCACUUUCCCAGACGAUCUGGGGCUUCGCAUUUGACUUGUCGAGUUACAACAACGUCGAGUGAAAACAACGGCAGCAACAGCACUCAGCAAUGAUACGAUCUACUACACACACGCUGUGACCUACAAUAGCCACCGGCAGCUCGAGCGACUGCUUCUCGACAAUGGAUCAAGGAGAUAUCCCCGCGCUGCUGUCGCGCAUGGCGAGCGACGAAGAUGCGUCGCGCAAAAUGGCAGUCUUCAAAUUACAGAGCUCUAUCAACGACCCAUCCUUUGCCGACGUGUUCAUUUCCUCGGGCGGGCUGAUGGUUCUGCGACGCCUGAUCAUGACCUCCAGCGGCAACACACUGGCCUACUCGCUACAGAGCUUGACACGCUUGCUUGAGGUCGACAUGGGGUGGGAUAUCUUUGAAGGGCCGACCGCGAGCGACCUUGUCGAACGAAUCGUCGAAUUGAUCGUCAAGAAUCCACUGGUCAACAUCCUCAGGGGAGCAAUGUCCAUACUGGUGUCGCUAGUGGGCCAUUCACAAUCCCAUACCGAGUCGAGUAGAACACCCGGCACCUUUGGAUUCCGCGCACUCAAACCAGCGGUAGCAGUGCACCCUCAGUUUCUGGAAUUGGUCAUCCAGCAACUACAAAGUGCAGAUCAUGCGCUGUGCGCGAGCGCCCUCAUGUUAAUCAACGCGCUAAUACGAGAUGCGCUGUCAGGCGAGGUGUCUGCGAACAAGAUUUCACCCACUACGGCAGAUGGCGAGGAUUGGUCCCUCAUGAUCAAGAAGUUGCAUGAUCUGGGUCUGAUCAAGGCCGUGUACAAUCUCAUGCGGAGCUCGACACUACAAGACCUUGCACACCCCAUGCUGGAAUUCCAGUCGCUGACGAAAGUGCUCCUACGGAAAUGGCGUCAAGUCCACGUGGACGUUGAGCGAACAGAACAUAGACGGGCGCUGAAAAGCCUGCAUCUCGCGAGCAACCCAGACCGAGGCCAUGUCAAUGGCCAUUCGAGGGAUGGCUCAAGUGAGCGAACUGGGAAGAGCAGCAAGCGACACAACCCGGAGAAAUGGAGGCGGCUUGGUUUCGAGUCAGAGUCGCCCGCUGCAGAAUUUGGUGAUGCUGGCUACCUAGGAUUGAUGGAUUUGACAGACUACGUACGAAGGCACGAAGAUGGGUUCCAAAAGCUUCUCCUCGAGCAAGCUUCGACACCGCUGCGGGACCGACUACCCGUAGCGCAAGCCAGUCUUGCUGUUACAAUGAUUCUUUAUGAGCACUUCGGGGUGGACAAGACAGACUUGGAGGAGACGCGGGGCUACCGCGGCAUUGACAUGACGGACCAUGAGAUUCUCUUCCGACCGCUACUUCUUCAGUGGUCUCGUCUCCAUGCCUCCGGGCUUCACGGGUUUUUCCGCGUGUGGAAAGCCACCGACGCCAAGUACGGCGACUUUGACAAGGUUGCUGAGCUGGUGCGUAUCUUGAUCGAACAGGUUGUGGGGCAGGCGACGCGGACAAAGGACUUGCUGGAAGUUGAGGACGACCUGCAAGAGUACGACGUACCGAGACUUCGUGAGCUGCAGAUGAGUCUACUGAAGCUGUCAUUCGAGGAGAAGUGGGGUCAGCACCUGAUACAGGUUCGUGAGGAGUUGAGGCAGGAGGCUUUGCACUUUGUGAAAGAACAGCGAGUGCGAUGUCUUCUCGAAGGGUCUUGGUUCGAGCGGCCGGCCGCUCAGAACUCGACGGGUCUGCCAUGGCGAUACGCCAAGCUAUCGCACAACAAGCGGUACCUGCACUACGCCGACUUCCACCAGCAAACAGCACAAGACCCUGUGCUUGGCACACUACCUGAGAGGGUGGCACUCAACGCGAUCAGUUCCGUCGUCUCAAAUGUGUCGGCCAGCGAUGAUGUUAGGAGCAUCACGAGCGGUUCGACACUCAAGCUACAGCAUGCAGCAAAGUCGACGACCAAGAUCACGAUAAACACGGAAGUGGGUGGCAAGGAGCAGGCCAUGCUUACUCUAUGGCCAACGAGCCACAGUCUUGCUUCGGAGUGGCUCGAUGGGUUGUUGAUGUUGCUUGGGCAGGCCCCAAUCACCGCAGAGACGAACAAGCUGAUUAGCCUGGUGAGUGACUAUGGCCUCAAGAUCAGGCUCCUCAAUGUCAGGAUGGACGCGGCAUUCGAAGGGCCACCGCCAGGGGCAGGUGUGGUGCCCAGUCGGAAGGACCUGGAUGAGGACUAUUUCUUUGAGGUGUAGGCGAGCGGAUGAGCCAGCGUUUGGGAAGCGCGGUAGGGCAGUGGAGGAAUUUUUACGUUUUCAUGUCCGUAUUUGCUGUUUGCAACGUUAUAUACCCUCUAUGCGCGCAGGUAGUCUAGGUAAUGCAAUGGAUGUGGCUACUAUGAGCCAAUUCCAAGUCUACGACGUUAUUCUUGGACCAAGCAGUGCGAGACGGCAUGUCGCUACCUGCCAAUGGCUUUGCGGGGGGCAAGCGUGGGAAGAGAUGAUCUCUCUGGGCCUUCUGUCAUAACCUCAACUUGAUUAUGUCGAAGAGACGCUACACACUUGGAUUAUGUGAGGGACUGUAGGGUAGCUUCACUUAGCACCUCGUCGAGGGUUCAGUCACCUGCUGGGGGUCCCGAUCCACGCGAGGCCACACAAGCCCAACUU